AGCUUUUUGAAACUCCAGCAUUUCAGCACAACUUUGACAGUAACUGCAGGACUUCUCACAAGUACUCCAGAUGCAACUGUGAGCAAAAGGAUUACCAAUGUGUUCAGUGAAGUGAAGGUCUCAGCAUCUCUCAUCUCUCUCUAAAAAGCAUUAAGGAACAAUAUGGAUCCAGCAGAACAAUUUUCUGCAAGAGGAAAGAAGAAUUUCCUCUCAGCUGACAAGAAGAAAGACAGAGGUUAUAGAUCUCUUAUGGGAUUUUUAUGCAUAUUCCCUGUGGUGGCUUUGUUGGCUUUUGUGGGAGACUCUGCUGGAGCUGCAGCUCAGAACAGUCAGGAAGAUGCUGCAUCCCCUGCUCUUCAUGGAGUGAGUGACUCUGCUUCACACCGGGCAGCCUUCCCACCUUGGCCUCCAACACGGAGAAAACGAUACACCAUCACCCCAGGACACCUCAAAUGGGACCACUUCAACCUCACGUACAAAAUUCUGUCCUUCCCAAGAAACCUCAUAAAUGCCAGUGACACCCGCAAGGGCCUCGCAGCUGCCUUCCGCAUGUGGAGCGAAGUGUCGCCGUUCAGCUUCAGGGAAGUGCCCCGCCACGCUGACAGUGACUUGAAAAUCGGCUUCUACUCUAUCAACCACACGGACUGCCUGGAAUCUCUCAUCCACCACUGCUUUGAUGGAACAACAGGGGAACUUGCCCAUGCCUUCUUUCCACCUAAUGGGGAAAUCCAUUUUGAUGACCACGAAUACUGGAUAUUGGGGAAUACCCGGUUCAGCUGGAAAAAAGGUGUUUGGCUUACAGACCUGGUACAUGUAGCAGCUCAUGAAAUAGGACAUGCCCUAGGACUUAUGCACUCCCUGAACCCCAGUGCCCUCAUGCAUAUCAAUGCCACCUUGACUGGAAAAAAGACCAUCUCUCAGGAUGAAGUCUGGGGAAUUCACAGGCUUUAUGGAUGUAAAGACAGACUGUUCAUGUGCCCAUCAUGGGCACGAAAAGGCUUCUGUGAGAAACGCAGGAAGUUAAUGAAAAAGCACUGUCCUUCUACCUGUGACUUCUGCUAUGAAUUCCCAUUUCCAGCAAUCCCCUCUACUUUGCCCCCACCAAGGACAAAAACCAAGACUGUUUCUGAAGGCAGGAAUGUCACCUUUCGCUGUGGACAGAAGAUCAUUCACAAAAAAGGCAAAGUUUACUGGUAUAAAGAUAAGGAGCUUCUGGAAUAUUCAUACCCAGGUUACUUAUCCUUAAAUGAUGAUCACAUGAGCAUCAUUGCAAAUGCAAUUAAUGAAGGAACUUACACAUGUAUAGUAAAGAAAAAAGAAAGAAUUUUGACCACUUAUUCCUGGAGGAUCAGACUGAGGCACUAACAAGGCCCUGGAAUAAGAACUUCAGUUAUUGCUAGUUGUUUCUAAAUCUUUUUCCUUUAGCAUUUUAUAUUUAAUCUGCAGCAGUGCAAUUGAACUUUUAAAUUGACUGCUUCCAUGAUUUCGUCAAGAGAGACUUGAGACUUCAGUUUUGGGAAAAAAAAUUCAAGUUAUUUUUAAUGAUUAAGAAUUUAUCAAGCUUGUCCUGUACAGACAGUUAAUAAUAUUAAUAAAAUUAAUAAUUACCAAACCUAGGGUCAGAUUUUCACAAGUUAAAAGACCCAUUCCUACAGACUGAUGAAAAACACAAAGGAAAUCUCUAAUCUGGUAGGUGGAUCAACAGACUGAUGCACUGGUUGGGUAUCUGCCUCAGAAACCAGCCCAUGGAAGCCUUGGUGCAUCCCUGCACAACGUGUAAGCUCACUUGGACAGAGAUGGAUUCAUCCCUGCCUUCACACUGGGGCUUUCAUGGACUCAAGAUCGAAGGGGUGUCAUUAGUGCAGCUCUAUCCUUAGGAUUUGGAGAAGAGAAACAAGAACCAGCUGAUGGCCAGAGCCACCAAAAACCAUUGCAAGAUGUCAACGGUUUGGCCACCAGCCUACCUUCUUCCCAGACCCUGGAACCCUGCAUGUUAUAGGAUCAUUACUUGUUAAAUUCAUAGCUUCCAUUUGUUGAAAUGCAGAUUUGCUGAUAUGGAAAACACUUCAAAAGUCUGGAGCUAUCCUCAAGAUUAUCAAGGUCAUGGGAAAAUGGUUCUGCUGUGCUGCAGUC